UUGUUCUCUGGGAAGAGGGCAAACAGCUUGUGACGGCAGGAAUCCAAAUAGGGUCCCAGUGGUCAGGCAGGGAGAAAGGAGGACUGGACAGAACAGACAGGCUGCUAAGAGCAGCUGCUGAGUUGGCUUCCAGUUCUCAUCAAAACCACCCCUCUGACUCUAGAGGGAAACUUGAAUCAUGAAGCUAGUUACUAUACUGUUCCUCUGCUCCAGGCUGCUCCUAAGUUUAGCACAGGAAGAAAGCACCGAGGAAAUAGACUGCAAUGAUGAGGAUGUGUUUCAGGCUGUGGAUGCUGCUCUGAAGAAGUACAAUGCUAGAAACCAAACUGGCUACCAGUUUGUGUUGUACCGAGUGACGGAGGGCACUAAAAUGGUGGGUUCUGACACAUUUUACUCCUUCAAGUAUCAAAUCAAGGAGGGCAACUGCCCUGUUCAGAGUGGCCUCAGCUGGCAGGACUGUAACUACAAGGACGCCGAGGAAGCCGCCACUGGAGAAUGUACAGCGACAGUGGGGAAGAGGGGAGCUAAGAAAUUCUCUGUAGCUACCCAGACUUGCAAUAUUACUCCAGGUAAUGGACCCGCAUUGACAGCCCAGUACACCUGUUUGGGCUGUGUACACCCCAUACCGCCUGACAGCCCUGAACUGGAGCCUGUCCUGAAACACGCAGUUGAGCAUUUCAAUAACAACACCAAGCACUCCCACCUCUUUGCUCUUGAAGAAGUAAAAGCAGCCCAGAGACAGGUGGUGGCUGGAAUGAAUCUUGAAAUCACCUACUCAAUUGUGCAAACGAAUUGUUCAAAGGAGCAGUUUCAGGUCUUAUCUCCAGAGUGCAAAUCCGUUGCUGAUGGAGAUUUUGGGGAGUGUAGAGAUAACGCCUUUGUGGAUAUCAAACAAAACGUUGCUGACUUUACCCAGGACUGCAACAUCUAUCCAGGAGAGGAUUUGACACAACCACUUCCCGACGGCUGCUUUGGAUGCCCCAAGAGCAUACCUGUAGAUAGCCCAGUGUUGACAGAACCUCUCGGUCAUGCCAUCAAAAAGCUUAACACAGAGAAUAACCAUUCUUUCUAUUUCAAGAUCGACACAGUGAAAAAAGCUUCAUCCCAGGUGGUAGGUGGAAUGAGGUAUUUUAUUGAGUUCAUUGCCAGAGAAACCAAAUGUUCAAAGGCGAAUAACAUGGAACUGGGACCAGAUUGUGAAGUCAAGUCCUCUGGUCAAAGUCUCAGCUGCAGUGCUAAUGUGUACAUGAGACCUUGGGAGAACAAAGUCGAACCGACCGUCAAGUGCCAAGUAUUAGAAGUGAUGAUGAGGAGACCUCCAGGCUUUUCACCUUUCCGGUCAGUCCAAGUCCAAGAAGCAAAAGAAGGAACAACUGUAAGUCCACCCUAUACUGCCAUGGUGCAAGAAGAGCAGGAUGCAGAACAUGAGCGAAGACCCGCUGAGGGGCAUGAGAAACAGAAAAAGCAUAAGAUUGACCAUGGUCAUAAGCAUGGGCAUGACCAAGGCCAUCGGCCCCCAAAGACACAUGGCCUUGGCCAUGUUCAUCAGAAGCAACAUGGCCUUGGCCAUGGACAUCAGAAGCAACAUGGCCUUGGCCAUGGACAUCAGAAGCAACAUGGCCUUGGCCAUGGACAUCAGCUUAAAUUGGAUUAUCUUAAACCCCAAAGGGAAGACAAUUUUGACCAUGAACAUAGAGAGGAACGUGCUCAUAAGCAUGGUCAUGGCCAUAGUAAACACAAAAAUCAUAACAGAAACAAUGGCAAGCAAACUGAGGAGAGAACAGAGCCUUUGGUAGGCACUUCUGAAGACAGCUCUACAUCCUCCAUACAGACACAGGGCUGGACCACCCCUAGCCCUCCCCUAGCUCAGCCCAGUGUCGCGGUUACCCCUUCUGACUUUCAGAACUCAGAUUUAAUUGAUGGUGAGGUGGGUACCACACCACCAUAUGCCACGGAGACCUAUGAUGAGUUGAUCCCUGAAAUCCGGGUGCAACCAGAUAGCCUUUCAUUUAAGCUGAUAUCUGACUUUCCAGAAGCAAUGUCCCCCAAAUGUCCUGGACGCCCAUGGAAGCCAGUUAGUAGAAAGGAUCCAGCCACAGAAAUGGGAGAAUUUUCUGAUUUUGAUCUCACUGAUGCUCUUUCUUAACUUAUACAGCCUGCUAGCUCAGAGAGAAAGCAUCCAACUGACCUUCCUCUUCCACUGUUGUCCCAGAAGCCUCUUCUUGUCUCAAAUAAGUCCUCUCCAACUCAAUGUCUGUCUCCUCUGUUGCUUCUGAGUCUCUCUAUCCAUCCUCCUGACUUCCUCUUACUUUCUACAUUUUUUCCUAAUAAUUUAUGUUCACUUUCUGUCAGCUGUUUGCUUGCUCUGACUCUUGACCUGAUUGUAUUUAAUCCUGUUUAUGAUACUCAGGCAGAAAGCUCUCAAAUUAAAGGUGUGUGCUAGGGAUGAGCCACACCAAAACCAGAAACUGUUUUUUUUUCUCCAGUAAAUAGUGAAAUCUUGGA